GCCGUGGCUGAAUGCUGCGCCCGGCCCUCUGACCCCACCACAAUGACAGGCCGCGCCCCGGGGUCUGAGCCGUGGUGAGGCGCGGCUCCGGGCCUUUUCUGCUCCGGGCUCCUCUGACGGGCCGUUCUGCGGCCAGUACGGGAGAGGACUUAGGAUGGGCUAGCCAUGAAAGAGAAGGCGUGGGGAGCCGGCGGGACGUGGGAAACCAGCACCACCCCGGGCCAGGGGCGCGCAGAGUCGGCCGGCCCGGAAGCGCGGGCCCCGCGUCGGCCGGAAGCGCGACUAGGGAGGCGGAAGCUGCGGCUCCCGCGCUGUGCCGCGGCUGCGGUGGGAACUCGGCGGCCCAGCCAACGUCCACGGCCCUCUGCCAGCCGGCGCCGGGACGGGCUGGAGCGCGGCAGGUAGAAGGACCCGGCGCGGCCGUGGGAAAGGACUCAUUUAAAGGCCAGCCUUUUCUGAUCGGUUUGUUAUCGUGAGGAAGAAGAAAAAAUGUCGCAAAAGCAGAUGAAGGAAGCUUUUGUCAGUAACCACAAUGGAACCAGCGUGCUGGAAAUUACCCAGGGCUUGUGCUUACCUGCAUUCUGUAUCCUGUGCAGAGGGCUGCUGAUUGUUCUCUCACAGCACUUGUGUUUUUUUCCACAUACCUGGAGAUCUGGAUUCUUCAUUGACUUUGUUUUCCUAAUAGUUCCCCUGGUGACCACUUUGACCAUUUUGUCUUCAUUUAUCUUACUUGAGCACCUCGCUGUAAUUAUCUUUGGGGCAGGGCUAUUGUAUCAAAUAUACUGCAGGAGAACUUGCUUUGCUAGAAUGCCUGUCCAAAAAAUCCUUGAAAAAUUCUUAAAAACCAGUGUAGAAUCAGAAUACAUUCCAGCCAUCUCCUGUUUCCGUGUAAUUAACAGUGCAUUUACUGCUGUUGCUAUUUUGGCUGUGGACUUCCCACUUUUUCCCAGAAAAUAUGCCAAAACCGAGCUCUACGGGACAGGAGCAAUGGAUUUUGGAGUAGGAGGCUUUGUUUUUGGGGCUGCAAUGGUUAGUCCAGAGAUUAGGAGAAAAUGUAUGGAAGGGUCCAGAUUUUACUAUCUUACCAAGUCAUUAUACUCUGUUUGGCCAUUAGUCUUCCUAGGAAUGGGACGAUUAGUCAUUAUAAAAUCCAUAGGCUAUCAAGAACAUUUAACUGAGUAUGGAGUUCACUGGAACUUUUUCUUUACAUUAGUAGUUGUGAAAUUGAUAACAUCACUGCUUUUGAUUUUUUCCCCCCUAAAUAAAUCCUGGCUUGUGGCCAUGAGUAUUACUGUCUUGUACCAGCUAGCCCUUGACUUAACCCCAUUGAAAAGGUUGAUUUUGUAUGGCACUGAUGGCAGUGGCACGAGGAUUGGUUUAUUAAAUGCCAACCGAGAAGGGAUAUUCUCUACCUUGGGGUAUGUGGCAAUACACAUGGCUGGUGUGCAGACAGGAUCAUAUGUGCUUAAAAAAAGAUCACAUAUCAAAGACGUGAUAAAAGUAGCAUAUUGUAUUCUACUGACAGCUGUUAGCCUCUUUAUAUCUCUUUAUGUGGUUCAGGUAAAUGUAGAAGCAGUAUCUCGAAGAAUGGCCAAUUUAGCCUUUUGUAUUUGGAUAGUUGCUUCUAGCCUGAUCCUUCUUAGCAGUUUAUUACUGGGUGAUAUAAUUUUGAGUUUUGCCAAGUUUGUAAUUCAAGGGGCUGUAGUACCAUGUUCUUGGCAACUGAUCCAGUCGCCUGCUACAAAUAAAAAGCAUUCAGAAUCUGUAGUUUCUGAAGCUGAAAGAAAGGAACCCAGUUUUUGUCUAAUCACAGCUAUGAACAGAAAUCAGUUGAUUUUUUUCUUGCUGUCAAAUGUAACAACUGGCCUGAUCAACCUGUUGGUAGAUACAUUGCACAGCAGUACCUUGUGGGCCUUAUUUGUGCUCAAUCUCUAUAUGUUUACCAACUGUUUAAUUGUAUAUAUGCUACACUUGCAAGAUAAGACUGUAAAAUUUUGGUGAUCAAUAGGGGUAGGAUGUACCUGUGUUUGAGCAAUAUUAAUGAGGAAGAAUAAUAAAUGUGAAGAAAAUGGGCUUUUGGCAAUCCAGUGUUAACUAUAUUUUAUUAUAAAAUUAAGUUUCAAUCCUUCUCUAUAAGCGUAGUGAUGCUUAAUAUUUUAAUGUAUCUCAACACUGUAAAACCAAUGGAGAAGAAACAAAGUCCCUGACUUGUUAGAAAUUCUAUUUAUUAAAUUUCAGUAUUUUAAAGAUACUUGUUUAUAGUUGGGACACUGGAAGAUUGGAGCAUGGGAAGGAAGGUUUUUACUUUCCAUCUUAUACCAUUCUGUAUUUUUUAUUGUAUGUAUUUUAAUAUUUACAUGAAAACAUCUCUGUGAAUUGUGGAAUUGUCAACACUUCUUUACUGCUCAAUUUUAAUCUUUUAUAAAAACCUAAAUAUGAGAAAACAAGUGUUUAAAUUUAUGGCAUGUGGUCUGACUGAUCUGCUGCUGCUUCUCAGUGACGCUCCUUCAUCCUUUUCGAGGUCAUAAAUGUCAGUGAGUUUAUGUCUCAACAGUUAGACAUUGAAUCAUGACUUAAAAGGACAAAAAUGUUUUUCCACCUCAUAUUAUGACAGUCAUAUAAGAGAAAGCUAAUGAAAUAUUCAUAAAAACAAGAAUUAGUAAAAAAGACCAUUCUGACUUAAUUCUACUUUACAGAAGAAAGAAAGAGACCUUUGUUGAAUCAAAGAUUUAUUGAGCUCCAAUGUACCAGGCACAGGUGCUGGAGAAACAACAGAAAAUAAGACGAAGUCCCUGCCUUAAGGGGAUUACAUUUUAACUUGUGAACAUUUUUUUCCCUUUAAAAAAAUGUUAGCGGGGAAAGUGUCUUUU